ACCCCCCUGCCCCUGCUCAGGCGGCGCGUGUGAGCUCAUCACUCGGAGCAUUUGAAAAACGUACAUUUGUCGGUCGGACGCUAAGAUCCGUCGCCGUGGGAGUCUGAGAAUCCUGUUUUUUUUUGUGUUUUUUUUUUACGCGUUGGACAGGAGCCUUUCAGAUGGGCAACGUCCCUGCCACGGUGAAGCACUGCCUGAGCUACGAGCAGCUCGUCCAGGAUUUUCCAUGGCUGGCACACUGGCUGCAGGAGGAGAAGCAUGCUUUAACCCACGAAUACCCAGAGUAUGUUAAAAUUGUUGAAGUCGGGCCAAGGGAUGGACUUCAAAAUGAAAAGGAAAUGGUUCCAACAGGAGUCAAAAUCCGCCUGAUAGACAUGCUCUCCGAAACAGGCCUGCCUGUGAUCGAGGCCACCAGCUUUGUGUCUUCAAAGUGGGUACCGCAGAUGGCCGAUCACACUGAAGUGCUUCAAGGCAUCCAAAAACAUUCCCAUGUUCGUUAUCCAGUUCUGACACCCAACAUGCACGGCUUCAAGGAUGCUGUUGCGGCUGGUGCGACUGAAGUGGCUGUGUUUGGGUCUGCUUCUGAGACCUUCAGUUUGAAAAAUAUAAAUUGCUCUAUAGAUGAGAGCAUGCUGAGGUUCCAGGAAAUCAUUUGCAGUGCUAAACAACAACAGAUUCCAGUCCGUGGAUAUGUUUCUUGUGCCCUAGGAUGUCCAUACGAGGGACAUCUUGAACCCACUAAAGUCGCUGAAGUGGUUAAGAGGUUGUACGAACUGGGCUGCUACGAGGUGUCUUUGGGGGAUACCAUUGGCGUGGGCACCCCUGGGUCCAUGGCCAAGAUGUUACACACUGUCAUGAAGGAGGUACCCCACAGCGCUCUGGCGGUUCACUGCCAUGACACCCACGGCCAAGCCUUGGCCAACAUCUUGACUGCACUGCAGGUAACUGCACUGGAGAUGGGGAUUUGUGUGGUGGACUCAUCUGUAGCAGGUCUGGGAGGGUGCCCAUAUGCCCACGGUGCGUCCGGCAACGUGUCAACAGAAGAUGUUCUCUAUAUGCUCCACGGCAUUGGUGUCCGAACUGGAGUAGAUCUCUCCAAAGUUAUAUUGGCAGGUGACUUCAUCUGCGAGGCCUUAAACCGCAAGACCAACUCCAAGGUAGCCCAAGCCAGAGGCGAGUGCUGGUAAUUUCUCUGUGACUUUCGGCAAGAGGAAGACUUUGCAUCUCUACGUUUGAAGAUAGUUAAUUCCUGUUCAUACAGCAAUUGGACAAAAUAUUUAUAUGACACACAAAAGGAUAUUUUUGAAAAAAAGUUCUCAAAUUCAAGGGGGAAAAAAAUAACUAUAAAAUGUACCACAGAGUUAUCAUGUAGUUUGCCUUAGAUUACUGCUAAGUUGUUCAGAAUAUUUCAGUGGCAGUCUCUUCCAAUUCCUUUCCAUCUCAGUAUGGUUACAAUUAGACACAUGGGCCUGGGUGGGUACCAGGAGUCCUGCUGCGUUUAAAACAACUGAGGGUUGAUUAUUACCUCCCCAAAAUGUAAUUUCAUUUCCUUGUCCUGUCGAAAUGGUCGUUGUUCUGCCUCCUCAUUUGAGAUAUUUCUCUCUCUCUCUCUUCGUCCUUCUUAGCAGCGCAUGACCCCAUUCCUUGAGUUGGAUAAGGUUGAAACCAUGGACAUGGUCAUAACCAUUUAUUUUAUUCAGUAGAGAUAUAUAGCUGGCAGCUUUAUGUGGACGUAAUGUAUGUGUGCAGUAGUCAGAAGAGGGGCCAAAUGUCUUGGUUGGUUGAACCACUGAACCUCUUACGUUGGUUGAAGCAGGACCUUUCAAUAUACUAAAACAUUUAAUAAAACCAAAUAUUUGUGAAUAUUUGUGAAAUCCGUACAUUAACUUGUUUAAAAUGAUAUUUAACAUCGCUUCAACUGACUGUUCUUUUAAAAGGCCUUACAAUAGAAAACAUUGUAAUUUGAGCAAAUAUUGAUACACAUCGGGAAUAUAUUUUAUUAAUGUGCAAAGAUUACAGUUAAUGCUUUGUAAACCAAAUGUAAAGGUGUAUAUUUGCUAUAACAAGAAUUAUUUACUGUAAGCAAUUAUGUUAUAUGGUUUGAUUUUCAAGUAGGGAGCAACAUGCUGUAUAUUAUAAAUGUAAUAAAUAAUUGAAGAAAUGUGGUUGUCAGAUGUUGUUUGAAAACCAAGGUAACAUAGCUACAUAACAGCAAUCAAUAUUGCAAUUGGCUUGGAGGAAACCUAAACAGAAAUACAUCUGAGUGCUGUUACAAACCACUGUGAAUCGAACAUGUUUAUUACAUAAAGGUAAUAAAGGUUGAUUAAACAAAGUUGUUUACUGAGCAAGAUUACUGUAUAGAUUGAGAUGGCAUUCUAAGCUCUCUGUGUUUGCCAACUGUGUUUGUGCUGACUGCAUAUCUGAUAUAUAUCGCAUCUUCAGGUGGACCCUGUAGCCCAGCGUUCACCCAAUGUCAAAGCCAAGCAUUUUCCUCUAUCUUCUGACAAUAUUUAGUGUAAUUAAUUAUUAUUUUACUUGAAAUAAGUCCAAACAUUAGGUAACCUUUAAAUAUGAGUAUCUACUUGAUCACAGGACAAAACACACAAUCAUCGUUUAAGGCACAUUAGCAAAAUAUUGUUUGAAUAGAACAUCAUUUCCAUUGCUUUUGAGCUUAAAGAGACA